UUGAUCUUCUGAUGCCUUUAUUAAGACUGCUCUGGAUCAAGCCCAAGACAGAAGCAAGAUCUCUUUAACUUUAGACGUGAUAGCUACCUAUAUAUCCUGACAGUGACAUCCACGAAACUGUCAUUGAAAGUUUGGACACUUAUAAACCACGCUCAAUCCAAGAGUUUAAGGUGAAACUGUUUGUAGACCAGCAAGUCUAAUUGAUUUGUAUAUGAGGAACUGUGGAGUGAGUCCAUGGCAACAAUUAGGCUAGCUCUCAUAUAUCGUUUUGCCUCACGAAAUAGAUACAGAGACUAAAUUCAACCAGUUACUAAAAAUAAAUAAUGAGCUACAGAAUUGCUAGUUCUACUUUGGCAUUGGCAAUAAUCGUGAUCACAUUUGCUCCAUCUUGUGAUGCUCAAAUUACAGAUGAGAUCUCGUCAAGUGCUGGCAAAAAAUUCGUGGUUGGUUUCCCAGUAAAUGCUGGUCAAGUAGUACGCAUAGAGUUGUUUUUGUUUAUCACAAACCCAGAGUCAAGUGCUGUUAAUUUCACAGUCAAUCCAAUUAAUAUCAGUGGGAAUGUUUCUAACUCUUCAACUAGUGUAAACGUUCCACCCAGUUUUGAGGUAUUAUCUGUUAAUGAAAGGAACAAGGGGAUCCUUGUUGAAGCCGACGGGAAAGUUAACGUGUAUGGGCUAUCUUUUGAUCCAUUUAGUGCAGAUGCUUAUUUAGCGUUACCAUGUUCUAAAAUGGCAGUUGAUGAAUACGAAUAUUAUGGAAUCUCCUAUGACAUCUUUAUUUUUCCUAAUGUGAUUUUGUUUGUGGCUUGUGAAAAUGGAACACUUGUCAAAUUCAAUUCCUCAACAAUAACACUAAACAGUAUGGAAACAUAUCAGAUUGCAAGUGAUCAUGAUCUCACAGGAACAAGAAUAACUAGCUCCAAACCUUUGUCUGUGUUUAGUGGAUCUGAUUGUGCUUCUGUUCCUCAAGAUAUAAACUACUGUGACCACCUGGUUGAACAAGUACCUCCGACUGUGACAUGGGGGUCAAAAUUCCUCGUAGCAUCUCUCGAUGGUAGAUCUUCUGGUGAACGUAUUCGUGUUGUUAGUGCCCGAGCAGCAAGUGUAGCUGUGAACUGUAACACUAACGUAUCAGUCAGUGAAUUCCAGUUGCAGAGUGGAGGGAGCUUCAGAGAAUUUGAAAUCCCUAUUAACAGCUUCUGUAGUAUUGAAUCCACUUCUCCAGUACUGGUCGCACAGUAUGCGUAUGGUAGGGAUAGUGAUGGCGUGGGAGACCCAUUCAUGAUGAUAAUCCCUUCAAUUGAGCAGUUUACAAAUAAUUAUUUGGUCGAAGCGUUUCUUCUUUUCCGCGUAUCCAACUAUGUCACGGUGUAUGUUUCUUCUGAGUUUUUUCAAACUGAACAAAUAUUAUUAGACAAUUCCAUUGUUACUGGCUGGAGGAAUGUUGUCUGUUCAAGUGGAGAGAUUUGUGGCCAUAUAAGUAGAAUGAAUGUGUCUCCUGGAGCUCAUUCUAUCUGCCAUCAAAACAGCUCAGCCAUUCUAGGUGUUUCAGUGUAUGGAUUCGACGCAACAAAUUCUUAUGGUUACCCUGGAGGCAUGAGAUUAUCUCCCAUACAAUGCAACUGUGGUCAAAAUUCUAUUUGUUUGAAUAACAGGGAACAGUUCAACUGUAGCUGCUUGAAUGGAUUUGUGGCUUCAUUGUCUGGAACUGAUGAAGUCGUCUGUACCGCUAUAACCUGUCCUCCAUUGACUGCUCCUACCAAUGGCUUUGUGACGUACAGUUCUACUUCUGAUGAAAAUGGCAACUAUGCUCUCAAUGCCAUGGCUAACCACAGUUGUGACACUGGGUUUGUUCUGGUUGGUAACAACACAAGAACUUGCACUGGAGAUGGUAGCAGCACUACUGGUGUUUUUGAUGGAGACGCACAAUUUUGUGAACUUACCUGUGUCCUGCCCGCCCCUCUACUUAAUGGAACGUUGCUCACGAACACUAACCAAACCGAGAGCUCAGUCAUUACCUUCCAAUGUGACCCUGGUUUUUCACUGGUGGGUACAGAGACUGCCACUUGUAACAACUCUGGUUUAUGGGAUCCUGACCCGGCUCUAUUGGAGUGUGUGGAAAUAACUGGUGCAUUGAAUGUUGUUGCUCUAUCUGGAGGUGUGGUUGCUAUAGUGAUGGUACUGAUCUUACUGGUCGUCAUCUUAGUAGUCACUAUCACAAAGAAAAGAAAAACAAAUAGACAACUGUCAGGCAAUGAAGUUCCAACAGCCCCAGCUGGUCCAGUAUACGAGGAAGUUGAUCUAGCAAUGACACCAAGAACACAAGACAUUCAAGUGGAGUCUAAUGAAGCUUAUGGACAAGUGAGGAAUUUGUGUAAUGAUUAUCUUAUGCCCCAGAUGGUGAAGCAAAACAAUACGUUGCAGUCAAAUCUGGCACAUGAAGAAAUCCAAUACACGAGUACCUAGGUUGAUAGAACUGACCUGCUUGUGUUUAUUAUGGUACUCAAACGAAUGUUAAUAGUUUGCUUUCAAAGUUAUUUUUGUAUAAGCUCUAUAGCUCUAGCCUAAACAAGCAACUUAUCAUAUACGAUUUACUUUUGUAGUCCCCAAGUUUUGUAAGCAUGACUUCAUUCUGAUAAGCAGUUAUCAAGGUAUACGUGUGCAUAUACAUGGACAAAAAAUUAACAAUGCUGA